CAUGUGAACUUAACUGCUGCGCCAUGGGGCCGGCCCCACCUGCUUUUGUAAAUAAAGUUUUUUUGGAACACAGCUAUAUGCUUGUUCAUUACGUCUGUGGCUUCUUUCAUUCCACGAUGACCCACAAAGCAUAAAGUAUUGACCGUCUGGCUCUUUCCAGAGAAGGUCCCUGGUCUGGAACUAAUUUUUCCCCACUCUUGAGGCCAUACUUUUCUGAGUACUCAACCCGAUGCCCUUGUAUAUUAUGAGAUUUCUCUGCUUUGGCUGUUCAGUCCCUGGGCUCCUCUCUCUCCUCCAAUUCUCUACCCUGCACAUUCUAGCUUCCUUCCCCUCCCCAGUGCUAAACUGUCUCCUCAACUCAGGGGGACCCCCGAACUCUGCUGGCCUUCCCCCUCCCUGCCCUGCCACUGGGAAAUUCUCCCAGCAGUUAGCAGGCACGAUCCUAGACCCCACCUUGUCUGCGUUUCCUCUCUCAGGGAUUCCUGUCCUGUGCUGCCUGUGGCCCAAUGAUGAGAAAUCAUGGCUUCGUAUAUUUUUUCCAGUUUCUUGGUUGUUGAAGGCGGCUGGUUAACCUGGCCCCUCUUCCUCCGUCAUGACUGGAAGCACGAGUGCUUCUUUUAUCACUAUUAUUUUGCGUUUGUGAGGGUACUUUGGGAAGAUGGCAUCCUGGGAGAGGCGCUGUGGGAUCAGAGACUGCAUUUUAAUGCUGUUACCCACGGGCCCUUGUAAAGGCUGUGCCACUGUCUGCUUUGGAGACUCUCAUUCUGGUAGCAAGGGUUGUGGGGACAGAGGAGGGUAUGAAGCGGCUUUGAGCUCCAUGAAGUGCAGAGCGUAUGCCAAGGGUUAGGCUUCUUAAGAAAGAACUUCUCCUACAUGUUCCUCUUUGAUUUGGGUCUCUGGUGGGCGUUUUGCUCUGCCGGGCUAUCCUCAGGCUGGGCGUUUCCUUAGCAAGUGGGGGUGCCUGCGACUUUCUUCUCUUAGGCUGCUGCUUUCUUUCCUGACAUCUGUUGAGUACCUACAAGUGCUAAAUCACGUCCGAAGGGCUUCAUGUACUCUUUGUGAUAUAACUUAAUUCUCCACCACAACCUUGGGAGCUUGGGGUGAAAUGGACACUGAGAGAGGUCGUGUGGCUUGCCCAAGGUCACGCUGAUUCCCAGCAAAGCGAGGACUCCCUCUCACUUUAAACCAGAUCUGCCAGUUCAUACAACAGACCAUCCAUUUGAGUCAAGACCCCUUCGGUUGCAAGUGACAGAAACUCAUCUCAACCUUCCUUACGCCAAAAGGGCCACUGAUGGGCAUAGCUACUGAGAAACCCAGCACUGGGCCAGAUACAUAGAUGAGGUUAUCCGAAAUGUGUUGCUCUCCAUCUCUCCGCUCUCGUCUCCUGGUGUCGACGUAGCCUUCAGGUAGGCCCUCCCCAGGUGUUGGCAGGAAUGGCUGUAGCAUCGCCAGACUUAGUUCUCCCCUCAGUGGAGUAGUCCCCGUGAAAAGAGAGCAUCUGUUUUCCAAGGCUUUCAACCAAAGUCCCAAGGAAGGCUCCCGUCGGCCCAGCUUGGGUCACAGGCUCAUCCCUGAGCCAGCCACAGUGCCAGGAGGGUGUGUUGUUCUGACCGGAUGUCCCUGGGUCAUUUGAUUCUUCUCCUGGAGUGGGGGGCUGGGGAUGGCCCGUGAAACCACUUAGAUUGUGGGUUCGUGAAAGGACAGGAGAGUUCUGUACUGGAAGAAUGGAUGCUGAAGAGGCCGAAACAAAACAGUGUCCACCACACCCCUCUGGUGUUUGCAAGCAGGCUGGGCCACUCUGGCCCCCGGAGCUCCAUCCUUCCUGGGGCUCUUGGGUCUGUUUGGCACCUGCUCCUCAUCCCACCCUCCCAGGUUCCGGCCAUGGGCUGUUCGCUCUCACCAUCUCAGGUGAGGUUUCCUGGCUAUCGCUCCUUCUGGCCCAGAACUGAACCACGUUGACAGUGAGCAGGUUGGAGGAGAUGUCCGUGCUGGAGCCCCACUUCUUCAGCCCCGGGGUGGGGUGAGCCGUUCCGGAGAGGAUAAAGCUGGAAGAGCAGAGGGAUUGGGCACGCGUGCGUGUGUGUGUGUGUGUGUUGGGGGUGUUGCAUGUCGAGAGAAGCCCACUGGGCUGUGCCCAUUCCAUUUCUGAGGCUACUGAACAGGAGGCCCCACAAGGCCGAGCCUCACCCCUAACUAGCACCAGGAAACAAGGGCCCAGCAAUUUGGGGACACCGCCAAACCUAUUUCAUCCUUAGUAGAUGAGCACUUUUCUGAAAGGGCCUCCUGCAGCAGAGCAGCUGGCACGUGCACACCUCAUCCUCAGACCUGCUGUUUCUGGAUCUCAGGGGCGGGGGGAGGGCGAGAAUCUGCGAUUUUAACAAACUCCCCCAGCAAUGCUUCCACACCCUGGCCGGCAACAACCUCGCUCAGGGAACUGUCCUGGGAUUUGCUGAGUUUUCCUUAGCUAGAUCUUUCUUUAAAGGAUUCUCCCUUCUCCUGACGGAACUGUCUGACUCGUUUAUCCAGUUCCCAGGGUUUCCGUCCUUCAGACUUGAACUGCUCCUUUUGGAAUAAAGGAGACGUCACUGUGCUUGGGAGCAAGUCCGAAGUGUGGGAUCCCCUUCUGAAGAGGUUGGCAGUGUUAUUUUCCAUCUAGCACUUUCUGUGUCUCGAGACAUUCCUUAGAAAUAACGUGAAAAGGAUAACGCACAGUGUGUCUACAUUUCUUACUGAGAAACACUGACGCCUAAAAAGCCAGUGACGCAUCAGGAUUGGUGGUGAGAACUGGGAGGUGCUGAUGGGUCAAACGAAUGGAGCUUUUGGCUUGGAAAAGCUCGGUGACUAAUAGGACACCACAUGUCGUCUGUUCCUAAGUUAAGACCCUAAACUUUUGUAGAGAAAAACCGUUUUUACCCACUACAAGAUUUUAAAAAUCUUUUUAGCCAAAGAUCGCUUUCACAAAUGAAGUCUUACAUGGGAGCUCAGUAUAUUAAAUAGAUAAAAGUGAUUUUUUUACAUGGGGAGGAAGGGCCACAUUAUGACUUUGACCUUAGGCACUUUUGCCUUUGUGAGCUCUUUCCUUCAUUAAAAAAUAUUAAAAAUUAUACUUUAUGACUGCAUUGGUAUAAAGAUGAGUAUAUUAAUAUUAUAUGUUAAACAUUUUUUCUGACCUAAAAGUUCAGUUUCUUUAUUCUGAUUUUAAAAGAAACUAAGCAUUUCUGUGGGCCCCAAAAAGUAGGUGGGCCCUGGACCCUGUGGCUCUGAUGCCUGACAGGUCGGUCCACCCUGAGGAGACAGGUCCUCACCUGCCGGGCCUCUCCCAGGGUGGCCCCUGAAGCAGGCUGGAGGAGUGGAACCCGAUUUGAAGACCUCAUCAGCCUUAUCUCUCGUCACUAUCAGACACUGGUCUGCCUCCCUGGGGAAGAAUCAUAAGAUAACACAAUAAGGAUGGAAUGUCAAAGUCAUUCUCCUCCUCCACCCUGAAAACCCGGGUCUUGUUCUUUAAUUUUGUAAGUGUCAUUUCUGCCAGGAGAUCGUCUGUCCAGCCUCUGCUUGAAUCCCUCUAGGGACAGGGAGCUCAUUACUAUGUUUGGGUUCUCUUUUCUGGUCCCGUUCUGUAGGACUUAAUGGUACCCAGCCAGCCCCUGGGCAAUCACCAUUUAUCUCCUAAGCUGGUGACUCCUGUAGCGCCCAAGCCACUGCUGAGCUGGGAUACGAGUCAGGAGUCUGGGGUUUGAGGCGCGUUUCUGCCCCUCUGCUGCUGUGUGACCUGAGCAAGGGCACUCUCCCUCUCUGAGUUUGAGGUGCUCUAUUUGGGAAAAGAGUAGGUUGGAUGUGAUGGUCCUUGUACGUAGCACAGUUGUGUGAUGCUAAAGGGAGAUCAAGGCUUGUCCUGAGCAGGUGGUACCCACAGCCUGGGUUAUUCUGGGAUGUGGAGAGCCUGUUGGCUCUAGCUUGGAGGUCAGGGACCAGAGGCCCUGUGUGUCUCUGUCCCCCUGCGUCCGGGUGGGGCGCUGUUACAGGCCUUGACAACAGGUAUGGAGAAAAUGCAGGAUGAGGCAGGGGAAGGGUCAGGUGGCUCAGGGUCAUCGCUCCGUUUGUUGUCCCCCACUCAGCUUCUGAUGGACUUCUCCUGAGAUUUGGGAAAACUUGGCCAUCCCAGGCCCGGUGGACAGCCAUCCAGUGCGCUUGUGGGGCCGUGUGCUUGCUCACUCUGGUUUGGGGAGAGGGGGGAUGAGUAUGGUGACAUGCUUUCCUCUCUGGGGAAAGCCUGGGCUUGCUUAGCGAUGAGCAGGAGCUCAGCACAGUGGCAAUGUCCCUGCCCUUUCCCCCUGCCGUCCUAGCCCCUGGUGCUUGGGCGAGGGGAUGCUCCCAUCUCAUCCUGUACCCUGCCCCACCCCGUCCCUGCCAUCCUAGAUGGCUCUCCCAUGAGUUCCCGCAGCCUCACUUGUUCUGUACUGUCCCUCCUGCCAGGCAGUUGGUGCAGUGGCUUCCCAGACCACAGAAAGAGAGCAGAGUGUGGGUUGAGUCCCCGUCCUGCCCGGCCAGCUCUAAUCCACGCCUGCUGUCUGCCCUCCCCUUUGUAACUAUUGAUUCCUGCCACGUCCGCUCACCACGAGCCAGCUGGGGUGGACUGGCCACCCGAGCGCCAGUUCAGGGGUUUAGGAGUUCCUGGAAACAGUGACAUAUUACUGGCCUGAUGAGUGUGUCCCUGCCAGCCAGGUGUGUGCAGGAGAAAGCGUGAGUGUGUGAGGUGCCGCACAGGACGUCUUCGUGGGCACCGGGUGAAUUUCCUUUCUCUUGGGACUGGCUCCUCAGGGUUGAUUUCUCUCCUCACCAUUACGUUUUUACUUAAAUAAUUUGUCCACAUACAUGCCAGGGAAAAACUUGGUUUCGUAGAGUGGUUCAUCUGAAACCACUUCUGUCCAUCCACCCAACCCUUCCUCCCUGCAGACCUACUGUGCGCAGGGCCCGUCCUGUCCCAGCCCGCGGGGAGCUCCCAGGCUAGCCUGAGAGCUAAGCAGCCCAAAUGCUGGGUGCAUUCCAGUUAUCGUGGAACUUUCUGCUUUCCAGACAGUGUCUUCUCACAGAAUCUGUUUUGUGUAAAACAAAGUUUGUUUUACUUCAUUAUGAAAAGUAGCAAAUGCUCUUUAUAGAAAAAGUUGGAAAACACAAAAGUAUGAGGAAGAGAGAGAAUCACCCCUCGAUCUCUAUCAGAAGCUCGCACCGUUGACAUUUGGAUCUUUUUCCCUUGUAAUUAUUGUUUUUUUCUUUUUUUAACCAAUGGGUGCAAUAGAUGCAGUUUCUCCUCUGCUUGGGAAAAAACCCUCCACAUUCUAAAAUUAGUGAUGCCCAAUUUUGUUGGAAACCCUGCGGUUUUGGCUGUGUGGUGUUCCCUGAAGUGGCUGUAGCCUAGUUUACCCAGCAAUGCCCUGUUUGGGGGAUAUUCGUCUAUUUCUGGAUUUUCCCUGUUAUAAAUGAUGCUGUGAAGUGUAUCUUGUAAGUGAGUUGGUUUUCAUGUCUUGGAUUGUUUCCCAGACUUUUUCAUCUAGAAGGAAUCUCAGUGAUCACCCAGACCACUUCCUCUCUGACUCCAGCGUGUGUAAGCAUCACCCGGUUCUCGGGGCCUCACCCCAGAGGUUCUGAGUCAGUGGGUGAGGUUGGUGCCCGAGAGGCUGCAUUCUGACAAGCUCCCAGGCGGUCCUGAUGCUGCCGGUGCGUGGACCAACUUUGAGUGGCAUGCACCAGCCUCUCCUUUAUGGUAAGGCGAGUUCAGGCUAGGGAGACGGGAGAGUAGGUGGUCAUUGCCUGGUCCAGCCCAAUGGGCAGUCCCGUGCUGGGACACCGACCCCCAACCCUUGCUGCCCUGUCACCUGGGGAACCUGCAGGAGAAGACAGCAUUCAGCCACACAAGGGCAUCUCCUCCCUGUUCGUGUUAUUAGGAUGGGAUUCUAGCCACCCAGGACAGGCAGAUGCCAGGUGUGGACACGUGCUGGUGUUGGGGUACGCGUAGGACUGGGCUAAGAGCUGGCUUAGGGAAGACACUGGCGGAGACUCUGGUGAAUUGUCUUAAGUGGCAGCGAGCGACAGCCUCUCUAGGAUGCAAAGGGUUAAACAGGCGGCUGGCACAGCCUCCCCGGAGCCAAAGGGGGAACUCAGGAGUAAGUCGUGACUGCCUAAUUAAUUCAAUUAAACUACUUUAUAAGCUCCGCUGGUGUCACUAAAUUGUUAAAGUCUAUUAAAAAAUCAGUGGAACGUGAUGAGGGUUUGGAGACGUCGCACCACCUUCCUGGAGUUCUUCUCUCGUCCUCCUCCCCCGCCGGGGUGGGGUACCCUGAAGGAGGGACGCACGGGGUCGGAGGCCCUCUCUGCAGCCCCCGCCAACCUGCUGUGUGUGCUGAGCCGUAUCCCACGCCCCUUGGGCCUCGGUUUCCCCAUCUGUACAGUUAAAUUAUGGACUGGCUUUUGAACACCCCUUCAGCACCAGAGUUCGUUAGCCUUUUCUAGUCCCUUCUGGUCAGAGGCAGCUGUUACUGCAGAUGCCAUCGGGUCUCUGUCCUUCCUUCAUGUCACGUUCAUCUGGGCAGUUUCCAGGGUGACAGGGCGACCCAAAGGCUGAGGUGGCAGCUCUGAAGAGAGCGGUGUGAGCAGAGUGGGUUUCACCUGACACCUGUGCCGUUUACCCAGCACCUGUGCCGGGUGAAGGGGGCUGCUGCAGGGUCGCAUUCAGGACCCCCCGAAGCUGGGCGUGGUGUCCCCCACUGUGACAGGUGAGGCUGCCGGGUCCCAAGCGACCUGUCCAGGAGUAAGUGGUCGAGUUGAGAUUUGAAUUCAGAGCGGCCGUGUCUCCAAGACUCAGUGGCUGCCUGCUUUCUUCUGCACAUGUAUUUAAAUAAACCCACAUCCCCCAGCCAAACCCUACGGUGUGCAACACUGCAGUCACGGGAAAGCAAACACCAGAAAUGUUCUUCCUCUCUAGCCAGUAUCCAGACACGAAACCUGAAAGAGAGCGUGACAGCCCUGUCCCUGGAGGUACGUGAGCAAGAGUUGACUGACCCCUCAGGCCUCCUAGAACCAAGAUCCUGCAGCUCUGGGCCUGGCUCGUGGUUUAUACCUUUGCAGCGGUUUGUGCUAAGAGCAGGCUGGGAGUCGGCAGGAAUCGCUCCCUGGUGCUUGGAUAUUGGGGUGACUGUCUUGUCUUCUCUGUCAGAUCAGAUCUCAGGUGGUGCUGGUCUCAAGGGAGGGUGCCUGUGGUCCUGGGCUUGAGGGCAGCCUCGGUCACUAAUUAAUAGCUGUGGCUCUUAGGCAAGGCCCUUCCUCUCUGAAUCCUAGAGAUUUAGGCUUGCUCCCUCAUCCGUGAAAGGUGGCUGCUGCGGAGUAUGCCCCCUGGGUAGUCCGAAGGGGGAGGACGAGUUUAGGGCGAGGUAAACCUGUGAAAGGUGUGUACUCUUGUCUUAGAGAUUCACAGCAGCCAUGGGACCUUUAAAGGCUCUGAAAAGUCCUGCAGUAAAGAAAGAUGAACUUUGUUUGCCCGGCCACUCUUUCGCUCUUCAAGCGCGUCUUUUGUUAAUGCCCUGCUGGCUAAGGUGAAUAGACAGAAACACUUAAAUAUUACCCUGGCACAGAGCUGCUUUUAAGGAGCUUUCUUCUCUGGUUCUUUUUGUUAGGAGAACACCUUUUCUGUAAAUGGGGUGACUAGCCCUUACCAAGGCGGUGUCUGCAUCCCGAGUUGGGUUUUCUUAAACCAGAGUCCCUGUGGGUGCUAGGAUCCCAGAGGCCUGCCGAGGUCCAGGAGCCGGGCUCUCCAGACCUGGCAGAGAAUCCCACUCCCCUUGGGCUUCCCUUUGCGAGCCUCCUCUGUAGAACCAGCUUGUGUGGGGGAGCCCGCCUGCCCCCCCUCACCCCACAAGCCAGAGGCACCCGGGGUGGGGCUUGGAAGUUGCCUAAAACGUGUCCCCCCAGAUCCCGGUCAUUUGGAGCUGCCCGUUUCCGAAUUUGUGAACUGCGCCUGACCUUUUCAAAAGAAGCUUUGCUAAGGAAAAGGCUAGUGUAAACAAGAUCUUAGGGGGAAGAACUCUAAGGGGUGUAAGGAAUCCGUCUAUUUUUAAGCCUUUUGAAAGCUCCUGUUAGAAUGUAAACACUAUGCUAAUUAUAAAAACACCUUUUCUGUUCAAACUGGGGUAAACAAGACGGGGGGCUGGGCGGAGAAGGGGAGGAGGGUUUGAACAGAGAUGAAGCAUUGUGUGGCCACAAUAAUUGAUUUAGUUGCUCAUCUUUAAAAAUUCAGAUUUCCCACUUGUUUGCACAACCUGCAUACCCGGGCAGCGGUGCACAUAUGCUCCCACCGACAACAGUGGGCAGGAACCGGUGGACCGGGCUUGUCUUGCCAGCUCUGGACCCCAGCCUGGUUUUCUUGUGGGCGUUCCCUGCACGGCCCCUGCCCCACUGAAAUGUGCACCCUGCGUUUCUGAGAACAGUUUCCCUCCAUGUUUGCAGUGCACAGUUAGCAUGUAAUUGCUCAUUUCCUCUCCGUGAACCACAGAGGAAGUCCUCUGCUUUGCUCAGCAAAACUUUCAAAGAGAAACAGUCGGCGUCAACCAGCCAUUAUUUGUUGAGCAUCUAUUAUACAUCGGGCUCUGUGCGAGGUCCGGAGAUUUUGUGUUGAGAAACCCGCCUCCCUGCCUCCCCUGAGCUUGCCGCCUGCUGCCACACUGGCCACCGUGGAGUGCCAUGGAUGCCCCGGCUCACCCAGAGCUGCUGCCCUGCCUGCCCUGGGCUGAAUGGGGGCAGGGCGUUCUGACAGGCUGGAUGUGGUCCUUGCCCUGCCAUUGUCAGGGAGAUGAGACAAAGGGCGAGGCGAACUCCCGAGGAGUCCGGCUGUUGGCUCUCUUUGACCUUGAGGAUGCUGAGGCUGACGGAGCCAGUGCAGCUGGAAGGAAAAGCACAGCGAGCAGGGAGCGCUUGAAGCGCAGCCAGAAGAGCACCAAGGUGGAGGGGCCAGAGCCCGUGCCAGCCGAGGCCUCGCUGAGUGCCGAGCAGGGGACGAUGACGGAGGUGAAGGUGAAGACGGAGCUGCCCGACGACUACAUCCAGGAGGUGAUCUGGCAGGGCGAGGCCAAGGAGGAGAAGAAGGCGGUCAGCAAGGAUGGCACCAGCGACGUGCCCGCCGAGAUCUGCGUGGUGAUCGGCGGCGUCCGCAACCAGCAGACCCUUGGGUCCUAUGAGUGUGGAAUCUGCGGCAAGAAAUACAAGUAUUACAACUGUUUCCAGACCCACGUACGGGCACACCGAGACACCGAAGCCACCUCAGGGGAGGGAGCCUCCCAAGGCAACAAUUUCAGGUACACGUGUGACAUCUGUGGGAAGAAGUACAAAUACUAUAGUUGUUUCCAGGAGCACCGGGACCUGCACGCCGUGGACGUGUUCAGUGUGGAAGGGGCCCCCGAGAAUCGGGCAGACCCCUUCGACCAAGGUGUCGUGGCCACUGACGAGGUGAAGGAGGAACCCCCGGAACCAUUCCAGAAAAUCGGGCCAAUGAACAAUAUUACAUCAGACAUUUUUAAGAAGAAAGAAGUUAGGCAGUGCCAAAGGAGAGAAACCGGCAAUUACACCUGUGAAUUCUGUGGAAAGCAGUACAAGUACUACACGCCCUACCAGGAACAUGUGGCCUUACACGCCCCCAUCAGUACCGCCCCCGGGUGGGAGCCGCCGGACGAUCCAGACACGGGCUCUGAGUGUUCACAUCCAGAGGUCUCCCCAUCUCCGCGCUUCGUGGCGGCGAAGACCCAGACGAACCAGUCGGGGAAAAAGGCUCCGGCCUCCGUGGUCCGAUGCGCCACCCUCUUACACCGCACCCCUCCAGCCACCCAAACCCAGACGUUCCGCACGCCAAACUCGGGAUCUCCGGCAAGCAAGGCGACUGCAGCAGAAAGCGCGUUCAGUCGGAGAGUAGAAGGCAAAGCACAAAACCACUUUGAAGAGACGAAUAGCAGUUCCCAAAACUCCAGCGAAACUCCAAGUCCCCUGAUUUCCAAUCCUUUCCCUCUCCUGCAGAAACCCUACACCUGCGGCGCCUGCGGGAUCCAGUUCCAAUUCUACAACAACCUGCUGGAGCACAUGCAGUCCCACGCAGCCGACAAUGAGAACAACAUGGCCUCCAACCAGUCCCGGUCACCGCCUGCUGUUGUGGAAGAGAAGUGGAAACCCCAGGCCCAGAGGAACAGUGCCAACAACACCACGACCAGUGGUUUAACACCCAACAGCAUGAUCCCCGAGAAGGAGCGGCAGAACAUCGCGGAGCGGCUGCUGCGGGUCAUGUGCGCCGACCUGGGCGCGCUGAGCGUGGUCAGCGGGAAGGAGUUCCUGAAGCUGGCCCAGACGCUGGUGGACAGCGGCGCCCGCUACGGGGCCUUCUCCGUCACCGAGAUCCUGGGCAAUUUCAACACGCUGGCGCUGAAGCACCUGCCGCGCAUGUACAACCAGGUGAAGGUGAAAGUGACCUGUGCCUUGGGCAGCAACGCCUGCCUGGGCAUCGGCGUCACCUGCCACUCGCAGAGCGUGGGCCCCGACUCCUGCUACAUCCUCACGGCCUACCAGGCCGAGGGCAACCACAUCAAGAGCUACGUGCUGGGCGUGAAGGGCGCGGACAUCCGUGACAGCGGUGACCUGGUGCACCACUGGGUGCAGAACGUGCUGUCGGAGUUCGUGAUGUCGGAGAUCAGGACCGUGUACGUGACGGACUGCCGGGUGAGCGCGUCCGCCUUCUCCAAGGCCGGCAUGUGCCUUCGCUGCUCAGCCUGUGCCUUGAACUCCGUGGUGCAGAGCGUGCUGAGCAAGCGGACGCUGCAGGCCCGCAGCAUGCACGAGGUCAUCGAGCUGCUCAACGUGUGCGAGGACCUGGCGGGCUCCACGGGCCUCGCCAAGGAGACCUUCGGGUCGCUGGAGGAGACCUCGCCGCCGCCCUGCUGGAACUCGGUCACGGACUCGCUGCUGCUGGUGCAUGAGCGCUACGAGCAGAUCUGCGAGUUCUACAGCCGGGCCAAGAAGAUGAACCUCAUCCAGAGCCUCAACAAGCAUCUGCUCAGCAACCUGGCCGCCAUCCUGACGCCGGUGAAGCAGGCGGUCAUCGAGCUGAGCAACGAGAGCCAGCCCACGCUGCAGCUGGUGCUGCCCACCUACGUCCGGCUCGAGAAGCUGUUCACGGCCAAGGCCAACGACGCGGGCACCGUCAGCAAGCUGUGCCACCUCUUCCUGGAGGCCCUCAAGGAGAACUUCAAGGUGCACCCGGCGCACAAGGUGGCCAUGAUCCUGGACCCGCAGCAGAAGCUGCGGCCCGUCCCACCCUACCAGCACGAGGAGAUCAUCGGCAAGGUGUGCGAGCUCAUCAACGAGGUGAAGGAAUCCUGGACCGAGGAGGCUGACUUCGAGCCCGCGGCCAAGAAGCCCCGCUCCGCCGCCAGCGAGAGCCCUGCGGCUCAGGAGGACGAUCGGCUUGGGAAGAACGAAGUGUACGACUACCUGCAGGAGCCCCUCUUCCAGGCCACCCCCGACCUCUUCCAGUACUGGUCGUGCGUAACCCAGAAGCACACGAAACUCGCCAAGCUGGCCUUCUGGCUCCUGGCGGUUCCGGCCGUGGGGGCCAGGAGCGGGUGUGUAAAUAUGUGUGAACAGGCACUUUUAAUCAAAAGGAGACGACUGCUCAGUCCAGAAGACAUGAACAAACUCAUGUUUCUGAAAUCCAACAUGCUUUAAGACCUUCCCUGGGAACAGAACGAGAAAGAAAGAGAAAGGAAAAAAAAAAAAAGAGAGAAGAGGACGUUAGGAAAAAAAAAAUACACACAACACUGUCGCAAACAAAGAGAAGGAAUUUAAGUUCUAAACACUGUGGACCUCAUUAUAACGCCCCCUGGAAACUUAAGUGCUUUUUUUUCCACUGUGUGUGUGUGUGUGUGUGUGUGUGUGUGCACGUGUGCGCCACCCAUGUAGGCGUGGAGGCUCCGUGCUCGUCCGCGUGGCCGCGGAAGCUUGGUGCACGCGUGCACACACAUGCAGCCCUGGUGCACGUGCACACGCCUGCUCCUGGGCGCGUGUGUAUCAAACUGGGUGUGUCAGGAAAGCUGAGUGGUAGCGGGGGAGGGAAGACCUUUCCCCUCCUUUUCUCGCUAAGGGGGCUUUAAAGAUUCCAUUUUCAGGUGUGCAGAUGGGUAGAAAGCUGGUGUGGUAAGAUAUUCAGGCAGCUGAGUUCUGAAGUGACUUGACACUCCCCGUCCUUCAUCCCGUGGUCUCCCUCUCCCCUCCGUCCCCCUUGCCGAGCCCUCGUGACCCCAUCACACCCCGCCCUCCCCGGCUGCUCUGCCAUGGACGCUCCAGCCUACAUCAGAUGGACAGUUUCUGCACUGGACUUUUUUCUUCACCUUCAGGGCAUUGAGCUGCUGCCUUCGAGGCACCCUUGCGUGUCCCGGGGCGGCCGCCUUAGAAACACACCUAUCUUCCCAAAUCAGGAAAGGAGACUUUAAGAAUAUAAAGCUGACUUUUUGCUUUUUAAUAUAAGAUAGAAAAGAAGAAAGACAUUUUUCAAAGAAGUAUAGAUCCUGUCUCCACUCCUUAUUAAUUUUUUUUUCCUAACAUUUUAGCAGUUUUUACAUUUUUUUUUUUUUUUUGGUUUUGUUUUUUCAAAUUUGAUUUAGACUCUGCUAGGAGGCACUGAAUGUCUAUAACUUAUGUUUUGGGUUUUUUUUUUUUUUUUAAUUGCCCUUUUUGUUCCUCAAGUCACACUGUAAACUGGCUCAUCUCAGUGGUAUAGUCAGUAUCCUAAGGUUUUAUUAGCCUUUCCUUGUACGGUCCAGUUUCUGUAUGUUUGAACAACCAAGGCUGUGAACUUGGCUGUGCUGUUAGGGGAGCAGGAGUGGGGCUGGAGUCACGGGUUUCACAGAGGGGGGUUCUGCUGGAAGCCAUAGGGAAGCGUGUGGCUUAGGAGUUCUCCUGAAUGUACGCGGAAGACCCGCCCUCCCGGCCCGCUGUGUCUGGUCCUGCGAAGGUCCAAUGGCUAUACCCAGAGUGCGUUACACUACUCGCCACAUCACUGACACUUCCAGCUCCCCAGGGACUCCCGAGUUGAUCCACGUUCACAUCCGUCACACCUCAGACCCACGGCCUCCCCUCCCUUCCCAGGACCCCAGGGUUCCGGUGGUUCCGUCGCCCGCAGCCCUGGGGGUCCCCCCGUCGGCCUCCGCCACCUUCCAGGACAGUGGUUGAGCACGGUGCCUUGUGGGCCAAACGAGGGAUGUCUUGAGGGUGCACUGGCAUUAGGCCACGUUCAACUUGACGCUGUGAAGAUGUCUUCAGGCUUCUCUCUCCUCGAGCAGUUUAGGUUCUACUCUCAGCGCAAAUGCCCAGGGGGUGACCCCGGCCCCAUCCCAAGAGGUGUUUCCGUUGGGGUCCGUGCUCACCCCCACCCCAGCUCUCAGUGAAUAAAGUGCUGGUGGUCCCACGUCCCCCCGGUGCCCAUGGCGGUGGGAUAGAGAUGUUCACACCAAGGGCUUCUGGCUAAGAACGACCGCCAUUGUGGGGGGCUCUUUGCAAAGGCACUUUCUGCCACCCUGGGGGCUCAGUCCACGCCAUCCCUUCCUAGUAAUAAAGCAUUACUCAACUGUGAGAUACCUCGACUUCAAAAAGCACUGUACAACAGCCCUGCCCCAGGCCCGUGGCAGGAAAGCGGGUGUAAAACCUCCAGAGGCGUAGGAGGGUGGACCAGAUGUGGCCCCGGGUGCCAGGCCCGCCCACUUUGCUUUAUGAGCACGAACCCUUGGACGUACUGAGAUGCAUCAGAGUGAGAAGCAAGGCAUGGUCGCGGGAACCAGCAUGCCUUCUCCCAUCCUGGAGACGUUCUCAAUAUUUCCUCCAUAGCAUUUCCGUCGCGGGUCACGUCAUUAGAGGAGCUUCCAUCCACACUGGACACUGACAUCCACACUGACAUCACUUCCUGGGGAGUAUGGAAGCAUCAACAGACUUUGGGCUCAGACCUUCAGGGGCGUUCCAGAAGAUGGCUGCAAGGUUGCUGAUGAGAGAUAUGCCUACAGCAUAAGGUCCCCCAGCUUUGCUUUGCCGCGGGGGACAGUUCACGGCCUGGCACUUGGAACCACACAGGGGGACUAGCGCUGCCCACUUCAUGUGGUCGGUGGGAGCAGAGCCUCAGAGCAGAGCCGUGCUGGCGCUGCCCCGGUGAUUGGGCUAGCUGAGUAGAAAUUAGGCAUUUCACUUUCUUGCGAAGCCAUCAGAGACCAAGCCCAGAUAUCUGUAUUCUCUUUGGAACAUGAAGAUGUCUGCCCUCCAGAAGGAAAACUCCAGAAGUCUUGCUGAACUCUAGAUAAGUGGUCAUAUGUGUUCCCUCCUUUUCUCUUCUCCCUUCCCACCUCAGUUCAAUCCUGAGGGCUUGGCUGCCUCUGCAGGUUUGCUGUGAAGGCCCCUAGGGACUCUGCAAGCUGUGUCCUGGGGCUGCCUCAUCCACAUACGGUAACAAGGUGGCAGGUAGUCAUUUCUCUGUUGCAACCUCUGGUUCCCCAAAAACUGUCAUCACCAACAGGAAAGGCUGUGCCACAGUGGCGCCUCCAUCUGCUUGUGCCACGCACAGUGCCCGUGGGGCAAACCCUCUGCGAGGAGCCGCUUAAUAAAACCCAAAGAUCUCACAGCUCCAGCCACUGGCCCCUUCUUUCCAGCAAUAGCCACCUUUGGUUCAGCCAAAGGUUGGGGAGAGGCUCCUCCAGUUUAUCUCCCGCCACCCAGCCUGGCGUCCACCUUCGGAAGGAUUUUGUCAUCUGCCUCCCAGUCGUGUGACUGCUGCAGGACUUUCGACCGCGGGCCCCUGGGGGCUGGCCGACCAGGAAGUUGGGCCAUUUCUAUCGUAUUGGCAGCUCGUGGUGGUCGGUUGUUUGCUGACUUGGAUGCAACUCAUCUCAAGCCGUGUGUUCCCAGGACAGAAAUGGCCUUGGUUUUGACAUACAUGCACCCCAGACAGGAGGUGGGCAAAACAUACCUCUGAGAUGGUUAGCUUCACCACCAAAGCUCAAACGGAGGACACAGCCUUGUGGGUGCUCCCUCCGAUUUAGCCCAGAGGGUUGGGGGGUGGUCUCGGCUCCACCAAGAACACUGGUGGCAUGCUAGUCCUCGUGAGUGGAUGCUCUUGUCUCAACACCAUUCUCCCUUCCCUAUGCCUAGGUCAGCCCGCCAGGCCGCCCUCUGGAUGGUAAUUAGAAACCAGGAAACGAAACCCUGGGGCCGCCUGAGUAGAGCUUUCUGCCUGCACCUUGUCUCGGGUUCACGGCACAGAGCAUCUGCCGCGUCUGCGAACGAGGAUGCUUGGCCCCCGUUCCACCUGUCAGACUCGUGCUUGGCGUUCUGGGAUUGGCUCUGGGCUGGGAAAAGGGUACCAAUGUUCCUACUGAGGGGAGGACAGGCCAGUGACACGGUCGAGAAGUCACGGGUCUCCAGGAUUCCAGCAAGACCUUUUUUUGGCCCCAGGUCUGCAGCCCGGCCAGGGUCCUCCCCUUCAGUUCGCUCCUCUCUCUCCCGCACUUGGAGGAAACCCCCGGAGAAAAACCCCGCGAGGCACGUUUUCCACUGUGAAGCUGACCCGCUGCCUCGAGGAGGCCCCCAGGCCUGUGCGAGGCCACCUGCUUCCGCCUGGACUUGGACUGGACUCCUUGGAAAGGGGGCCCCCCCCGGAGAGACGUCAGGGAACAGCACGCACUCUCUGGGGGCCGCAGGUUCACAAGAAAGGUUUGAGAUGAAGCUGGGAUGCGAACGGAGAAGGGAGGUCCCAUGAGAAACAGCCCAGAAGGGGACAACGCCUGGAUGUUGUCAUCAUGAGGGAUGUGCUUGCAGAGACGGGAAGAGGAGGGGCUCGGGGCUCGGUGGGCGCCCCCUCCUGCCCCACUGAGCUGGGGUGGCCUCACAGCUUCACCCCUGCCUUAGGGAAGCGGCGAUGCCUGUGUCUCUGGGGGGUACCCAAAGGAGGGCUCCUGGAAAAGCCACUGGUUUAGACAGAACCAGGAGGCUGAGUCAGGCUCAGGCUGUGCCCUGGAGAUGGGAGAUGGGCUCCUGUCGGCCCCGCCCUGCCCCCUAUCCAGCCGGGCCCGUGGGAGGACCUGGCAGGGGCCUAACCCUCUCCUCACUGUGGCUCAAGUUUGCUAGGCCAGUUAUGGUGAACCAAUGAUCCAGUGUUUUCCCUCUCACAUUUCCCUCCCGGUUUCCCCUUUGCAGGGUUUUCUGGAGCUCUUGUUGCUGUUUUCGUUUUUCUUCCUCUCUUUGGCGUUGGAGGAUCGCGGUUGGUGGUUGCUUAGGUUGCUGUUUGUCAUAUUCACGUCCCCCCCCCCCCCCGACCGCCGCCGCCACCACGGGUGUUGCUUUAGCGAUUCGACUCCUGUACACAGAAGGACUUGCUGGUUUUGCAGAUGGGUGUCAGCAUCAGGACCACGAGGCUCCGACCCACCCACACAUCCCACUGGGCACCUUGACUCUUCGAACCAAAGUUCCUUAAAGGGGCACAGCCCAGCCUUGUCCGCAGCCUCAGGGGCCUGGGGUCCUUCCUGAAGUCCAGGUUGGCCGAGACCACGGGGGCUGAGACCAGCCCGAGGGAGGGCCUACUCUCACAACCCAGGUGCCAGCCGGUCCCCGCCUGGGACCCUCCCUCCCUCCCAUUCAGGGGGGCUGGGUUUCCAGGCAGUGAGCGAGCUCAUGGACUGGCAUGGGCUGGGACUCACCAGCCAGAAGAGAGGGACCUGCGGGGCUGGAAGCUCCGACCCAGCGGACAGCGCGUCCAGGGCCAUUCAGAUCCCAUACAUCAGGAAGUCAUUUUGUACAACCACCUGAAGUAGAGAUAUUUUUUAAAAAGCGUAAAUUAUUUUCAGUUGUUUCCCAGUCCUGCGUUUUGUUUUUUUUUUCCCCUACAACUUCACAUCGGUGAUUCUUUCACAUCAGGUAAAUCUCAAGAAAGCCUUGGUGCCCCUCCCUCCUGUGCCCCACUCGGUCACCCCGUGUGUGCACCCCCAUCCUCUCUCAGUAGUUAAGACAUUCUAGGCAAUACCAUAGACACAUCCGACUGUGUCUCUCUCUUCGAGUGCAAGAAACUCAAGUCAUCUUAAAAAAAAAUACAAAAAAAAAUUUACAAAAAAACAAACACAAAAAAAAAUAUCUUUUUUAGGCCAGAGUUUUCUACAGGUAUUAAUGAAUAUUUUUCUUAAUCCUUAUAAGUUUUAUGUGUUUAAUAUUUCUUAAUACCGGUAGCAUUAAUUUAUACUUUUGUAGCAACACAAUAUUUUUAUAAACAGCCAGCACUUGGCUCAAGUCUCCACAGGGGGUUUAUUCAGGGCCAUCUUGGGACCCUGUGUACCAUGUACUGUAUUUAAAAAAAAGAAGUUACCUAGUGUCACCCUUGCUGUGUUAAUUAACAAAAGACAUUGUUCGCGGUCUCCUGUGUCGUCGGUGUGGGCCCAGCAGCUCUCCGAGGAGUCCCGUUGCAUGGGGGUUGAGUUGACGGUUCUUGUGAUACGAAAACCCCCCCGAGACCAAACUUGAGGGUUUAUUUAGGGGUUUUCUGUUUGUCCUUUGAGUUUUCCGUUUCGCUUUGUUUUGGUACCGUUUCUCCAUUUACAGCCAAAUCAGUUUCGUGAUGUUUCAAACUCUUACUGAUGUCAAAUGGAGGAAAGGAAAAGAAAAAGAAAAAAAAAAAAAAGAUUUUUACAAAGUAAUAAAAUUUAAAACUGAGCUGUUUCAAUGUUGCUGUUUUUACCUGUCUGUUCUUGUCCAACCGUGGGACAUUCCCCAGGGAAAAGAGGAAGGUCCCGCUUGGUCCUUUAAAUCACCCAAAGCCCCAGCCCGGAAUUCCGCAUUCCCCCUACCCCUCGAAUCUUGCAACAUGAUUUCCCAGUUGGUUGAUGCCAAGGCAAGAAGACAUCCUUUUAAUGGUUAGAGAGGGUCAGUUGCUUAAAUGAUUUCAUGUCAGUGUUGUAUUUAUGGUUUUACAAUAAAACGACUUUUAGGAAGA